AAAAAUCGAUAAAUUUUAUAAAUACUGUCUAUCAUACACCUUGUUAACUCAUUCAUUCAGUUAAUUUUAUUCAAGCGUUAAGUUAUAAAUUUAACGGAAAUAAUUUAAAACAACUACUGGAAUGUUUCAUUCUAAGCUAUGACUAUUGACAACAGCUGAGUGUAUUGUCAGAUUUUAUAGUUCCUUCCUUUUGGAAAAAAUCAACGUCGAAUAAUCGAAAUACUAAGGUACGGACGUCCUAAAGAUGGAGGGGUUGAUUUCAUGGCUUAGUUCCAGGCGCGACGAUGAGAUUUGUGGUGAGAUGACAAAAGAAGACGAGGUCAAAGAUCUUUUCGAACUCCCUGAAGAAUUGCUCGAAGUCAUAUUGAGCCGGUUGUCCGUGAAAGACCUCGUCUCCUGUUCAAAAGUGUCAAAAAUGUGGAGGAUAGGCGUGAAUCUGAACAGCAUCUGGAAGAACAUUUGCCGGAACGAGGGCUACUCGGAUAAACUGAUCAACACGACUCCGCCCCAUUUGUUCAUAGAUCAACCCAAAGAAGAUAGUGAAGAAAAGAAGAUCGAUUGUGACUUGGAACCACUCUGCUACUGGAGAAGAGUUUUCGGACGUUUCAAAGAACUGGCAAGGAACUGGCAGGAUAAGAAAUUCCAGAGGUUCAGAUUGUCAGAAGGUUCGAGCCCAGUUCACUGCCUCGACAGUGACGGUGUCACUGCUGUCACAGGCCACGAGGAUUCGACCAUCUCUGUUUGGUCUGUUCUGUCGGUACCGCAUCUUAAGCAAAAAAUAAAAGCCGUGCUUUCCGGCUAUCCGAUAACAUCGGUCAAGACGACGACACGUUACGUAAUAGCGGUGCAAAAGAAGCUCCUGCUCGUUUACACGAAAGAAAACGAAAAUUACAAACUGACGGAUAUCAAAAGUUUCGAGCUCGGUGAGGAUAACAUAGAGCAGAUGGAGAAGCUGAAAGCCCUCGGGAUGGAAUAUUCGUCAUGGUAUAAAGAGACUAUGAGGAUCAAUGAGGACCAUACUGCUUUGACUAUAAGGCCGUUGCUGUAUGCCAUCGUAGAUGACCAUUUGUACGCUUCGUGCUGUGGAACGGGCAUUGUGCGGAUGUGGACCCUUCCCGGCAGUGAGUUCGUUUCCUGCAAAGCGGGACUGUCGGAGAUCCAACAAAUAGAGACAGACGGGACGAGCCUCUUCUUAGUCGUUCACACGGAGAUCACCCACCUUCUUAAAUACUCCAAAGAAGAUGACGCUGUUAAAAUGCUCCUGUCCGUCCCCGGUCUUAAAAGGUUCGUGAUAGGAGAGAAACUAGUAAUGGCAUUCCCACUUCCAGGCGAUAUAUGCCUCAAGAGGUUAUGGGUUUGGAAGAAAGACGACUACUCGCAACCUGUCGGCACGAAGACAAUCGGUUCUUCUCACUUCUCCGCCAUCCUGGUCCAGUCAGUUUAUAUUAUUUACUCCGAGGAUUCCAUGAUACACGUAUGGAAUCCAGUGCAGAAUACAAUACUAAUAUCGUUCUCGGUCGGAUCGGUCGUCGGUUUCAUCAGGGAAGGAUUCGGUUUCACUCUGGUCGUUUUCAUGACUUCAAGCCUUCACCUCUGGGAUUGGAAGUCCGGAAAACGGCUUUAUAGGUUUUACACCGGCCUGGAAUGGACCGGCAAUUACAAAAAUCUCGUCUGGGUCAAUUGUUCCAUGCUCCUCUCCGCCGGCGUACACAACCAACUUGAAAUGUUGUCGUUUUGGUAGAAAAAAAAAAUUUUACUUCGUUUUUAUAUCUUUUCAAGUGUAAAAUAUAAUGUUACUUUUUUCA